CCCUGUGAGGGAGGGGCAAGACCCAGAAGGCGAAGGAGAGCCGCAUGGGGACGACGAGGGAGGGCCUUGGUGAAGAUGUCUGCAAGGAGGAGAGAGCGAUCGAGGAGGAGCGGGUGGAGCGCCAGGAAAUGAGGCCGCUCCCGAGGGAGAAACCAUACCCCUUCCUUGGUGCCUUUGAUGUAGCGGAGAACGCGCUUGGCCGCUUGCCAGUGCUCGGGAAGCUGGUGGCCGACUUGGAGGGGUGUGGAGACGGGUUUGGCCGUGGCCAUCUCGAAGCGUUCAAGGACCUUCUCGAGGUAGAAUGCCUGAGAGAGGGAGAUGGUCCUGGCCGCACGAUCGCGAGAAAUCUCCAUCCCGAGGUAGUUGCGGACCUCCCCCAGGUCCUUGCAGAGGAGGCGCUUCUGCAGCUCAUCCUUGACCUGUUGUAGGUCUGCUUCGUUGUCAGCGGCAAGAAGCAUGUCGUCGACGUAGACGAGGAUGUAGAAGGGGGAGGGGGAGGUGCGCAGGAAGAGGCAGGAGGAAGCCUGGGAAGGGCGAAAACCAAGAGCACGGAGAGUGCUCGAGAGCUUGGCAUGCCAUUCCCGAGGAGCUUGCUUGAGGCCGUAGACCG